AUGGAGAAGUCCAGGAAGAUCUUUACUGGUGUCUUCCUGUUUGUCUUGUCUGUGGGGAUCUGCUUGGCUCAACACUGGUCCUAUGGCCUGCAGCCAGGAGGGAAAAGGAAUGCUAAGGACCUGGUGGAAUCAUUCCAAGAGAUUGCACAGGAAAUGGCAAGAGCAGAGGAGGUGCAGCAGCCUGACUGGCCUGGCUCAUCCCAGCACUCCAGGAUCAGAGACCUGCAGGAAGCUGUGGAAAGGCUGAUGGAGGGAGAAGCUGAAAAAAAGAAAGGUUAA